GGCGGAAGUAGUGGUUGAGCGGGUGUGAAGGAGCGAUGGCGGGGGGAGCGGUGGCUGUCACGUUGAUGCACGGCUCCUCUAAGCAUAAGAUUGAAAUUUCAUCAGAACAGGAAAAUAAAGAGCCCAUGCUGCAGGACAUGGCCCGGGUCAUCGCUCAAGUCACUGGGGUGCCCCAGCAAUUGCAGAAACUAAUAUUUAAAGGGAAAUCUCUUAAAGAGAUGGAACAGCCUUUGUCUGUUCUUGGUGUUAAAAGUGGCUGUAAAAUAAUGAUGAUUGGCAAAAAGAACAGUCCAGAAGAAGAAGCUGAAAUAAAGAAAUUAAAGGACUUUGAGAAAUCUACAGAACAGUUGUCGCACAAACUGGAGGAAAUUAAUGGCGAGCUGGUAGGCAUUCGAAAUGGCUUUCUUGCCAAGGAUCUACAGUCUGCUGCAUUGAACAAACUAGAGAAAAAGGUGAAGAGCACAGCUGAACAGUGUAUGAAGUUCCUCGAACAAAUUGAUGCAAUGAGUUUGCCUGAGGAUUUCAGUGACUGCAGAUAUAGGAGGAAAGGUUUAGUAAAGAAUGUACAGACUUACUUGGCUCAGUGUGAUGUUAUCGAAUCAAAUAUCUUACAAGAACUAGAAAAACUUCAGUCAAACAACCUGGCUCUUGCUGACUAAGGAAUUCACACAGUAACUGAGAAUUUUAAUAGUCAACCACAAGGUGGCACACCACACCCUUGGUAGUGGCCCCCAAAACAUUUAAAAAAUAGCAAUUACUGGAACCUGCGCUGAAGUUACAUCAUUGCCGCACCCCCUGACCUGCCGGCCACACGGCGAGCGUCCUAGAGCUGGGAGCUCCGUUCAUCACACCCAGAGCAGCAGCGACGUGGAACCCAGCACAGAGUGUGUGUGUGUGUGAGAAAGACUGUGUGAAAGAGAGUGAGUGUGA